AUGUCGAUCACAUCCCUGCCAGUUGAAGUUAUGUCGACGGUCUGUAGCUUUCUACAGCUCUUUGAAUGGCGAGCGCUUAGAUUGUCAUGUCGCGCACUUCACAGAAUAUCCCUCGAAGGAUUUUCCAUUCAAUAUCUUAAGAGCAUUUGCUUCAUUGCGACAAGCGAUAGCCUUAGAGAACUAGAAGCACUCGCCGAAACAGAUGGUAUUCGGGAACGAGUUCAAGAGUUGUGGAUGAUUCCAUCCAUGUUUGAUGGCUCCCAUGCAGAAAGUGAAGUUCUAUUUCCGAAUUUGCCGUGUCAUCGAGGAGUUGUCGCCCGUCUUCUAGAAUCGGAGGCCUUUAGCACUCGGCUACGCAAAUGCUUGGAAAGGUUCGACAACCUUGACACGGUUGGACUUGCACAUUACACGACGAGCUUUUUGCUCGACCCGCGACAAGAAAAAGUCCGAUUCCUUGGCUGGCGCCGCCUAAUUAAUCAAAUCGACUUCCGAUUCGGGAUGGAACCAAUCGGAAAAUCAGGAAGUUACAGAUAUGUAAUCCUGAUUACUGUGGUAACAUUGCCCCCCGAAAUCCUCCUCACAGAAGAGCAAUACAGCUCUGUUCAAUCCGUUCUGGGUGAUUUAGAGGACCUCCACGUUUGCAUAGCUUUCAGAACCACAAAGCCAGCUUAUAUCAUGAGUGCAACGACCUUGAUCACUCUGCUUAUCCAUGUUGCUCCCCGCCUAGAAAGACUUGCUCUCUCGCAAGACUAUUCCCUUGGAGAGCUUUCUAGCGAGAUCGAAUUCAAUCGGCUCAAAGAGCUCCAUCUCCAUAAGACUUGCAUCAACUCUAAGCAUUUGAAAUCAUUGCUCCUCAAAGCCAAGGAAACCCUCGCUAUUUUCACGAUUUUUGAGGUGAUCAUGGAGGAUACCUCACCAUCAUUGUUGCCGGAUUAUCCAUCAAUUUGGUAUUCUAUGACUCCAGCCUGGCUUCAUCCUCCAGUCCCUAUUUCUACAAUCACAGAUAUCUAUGAUCCAAUCUUAACAACCCACACUCCGACUCCAAGAGCCUACACUCCAACUCCAACAGGCUACAUCCCGACCUCAGUAUUCUACAAUCCAACCUCAACAGACUACACUCCAACCUCAACAGACUACGCUCCAACCUCAACAGACUACGCUCCAACCUCAACAGACUACGCUCCAACCUCAACAGACUACGCUCCAACCUCAACAGACUACGCUCCAACCUCAACAGACUACGCUCCAACCUCAACUCCGUAUCAUACUCAACCAGCCGGACAACUACCACCCGGACAAACUUACAUCCCUUCAACCCCCUACAUACCCUCCGUGGAUCAUGAGGAUGUUCUUUGGAAGUCGGUUUGGAAUUUCUUUGGAGAAAAUCUAUCGCUACAGAGAUUCUCCAUGGCAAAAAUUGCGGACCGCAGCCGUGAGAUCUCUAUUCAAAGCACAGAUGACUCGAUUGAACCUAGCGACAAGGCUGUUUUUGAUGCUGAAACUGCUGGAAUUUCGUUUCGUCAAUGGAUCAGCCAAUUAACCCCUAUGCAUUUACUGGAUUCACCUAGUAUUCAAAGGUGGCCGUACGACGAUCACAAGACAUGGUUCAACGAAAUGAUACCCGCAAACAGCAGCUCACAGAGUUCCGCCGUAUGUGACUGCGAGAGUGUAUCUAGGGGCUGCUGCUUUGGAUAUGACCGAUAGGGGUUGGAACUGUGAGCAGGCAAGAUGAGAUGUGGCAAAAGACUGGACAAUAUCAGCUGCUCUACAUGUCCCAAAUUUGAUGGGUUGUGAUUCUGUGCUAGAAACAAUACCCAGCGGUUCAGGUUGAUCUUUAUGUUUUCUGAAAUGCGUGUAAUUAAAUCACAAAAACUGGCCCUAGCUUCGCAUCGUGUCCGUAUCAGA